AUGGCUAGUACUACUAUUGCUUUGACUUCUCGAGAGGGUCAACUUCGAAAUCUUUUGCUUGAUGUUGCGAACUACAUCAAUGAGUCCAAAGAAAUUGAGAAGAAAGUUGAGUUGCGAUGGGCUGGUGGAUGGGUUCGUGACAAGCUGCUCGGAAUCGAAAGCCAUGAUAUCGACACAGCAAUUAAUGUUAUGACUGGGUAUAAUUUCAGUUUGAAAAUGAGGGAAUACCUGGAAGAUACAGAAAACCUCAAGAAGCAUGCACUAGAGGCUAAGGAUGUUAAAAAACUCUACAAAAUUGCUGCGAAUCCGGAGAAGUCUAAACAUUUGGAAACUGCCACAACCAAUAUUUUUCAAUUCGAUGUAGACUUUGUCAAUCUACGCAAGGAAACUUACACCGAAGAUAGUCGUAACCCUCAAAUGGAGCCCGGCACUGCGGAGGAAGAUGCCUUGAGACGGGAUGCUACAAUUAAUGCUUUAUUCUAUAAUCUUCAUACAGAUAUCGUCGAAGAUUUCACUGGAGGACUUGCGGAUAUGAAAGCUAAAGUCAUCAAAACACCACUUGAACCAUAUACUACUUUCAAAGAUGACCCAUUGCGAGUUUUGAGGUUAAUCAGAUUUGCUAGUCGACUAGAUUUCAAAAUUGAUUCGGAAUCGGAGAAGUUUAUGGGCAAUCCAGCCAUUAUGGAAGCUCUAAAACUUAAGAUAAGUCGAGAAAGAGUAGGGGUUGAGGUUGAAAAAAUGUUAAAGGGAAAUAACCCAUGGCAAUCUUUACAUCUCUUUGAUCGACUUGGUCUUUACUCCACAAUCUUCACAGAUCCUGCAGCAGACAGUAUCCCGGUACCAGAUAUAUCUAACUGGAGAGUUGUUUACGAUUGUCUGGAAGAAAUGAAGUCAAAUGAGACACCAGACUCGAUUUAUAAAUCGCUAGUGCGAUCAGACGAUGCCAAAUAUCUUGCCUGGAUUCUCGCCGCAUUGACGCCCUGGACAGCUGUUCCACCAGCACAAGCAUCAAAACCUGGAGGCAAGACACCCCCACCAUUUGGAGCUUUGGUUGCCCGAGAAGGACUAAAGGCAGAAAGCAAGUUAUGCAGUAUGGUUGCCGGUGCAUUUAAACAAUAUGCCGAGAUCACGGAGCUCAAGGAUGCAGUCUUGAGAAACGAUUCAUAUAUCCACAAGCGAGAUACAGUUGGGAUGAUGAUUCGGAAAUGGGAAUCUCAGGGUGGACAAUGGAAACUACAAGUUCUGUUUGCAUUACUUGUUGAGGCUUUAAAGCUAGAAAGUGCUGAAGGAUACCAAUCAUUAUUCUCGGAGUGGCAACAAUUCAUAGAUCAUCUAAGGGAUCUUGAUGUAAUGGAAGCUCCUGCAAUCCGCGGAAUUAUAGAUGGGAAGAUCCUCUCAAAAGCACUGGGUGUGAGACCUGACAUGUGGAUGGGACCGGCUUUGAAUGUAUGCAUGGAGUGGCAGUUAAGGAACCCAAACUCGACAGAUGCUGAAGCGGCGAUUGAGGAAGUCAGGAAAAGGCGACAGGAGUUAAAUAUACCCCAGAAGUAA